AUGGGAUCCGUGGGCAGUCGAGUUGUUAGAUACGGUAACCGCGGCCAUAACCAGCCGUGCAUCCACAAGGACACUCAGCGCUGCUUCAUCACGAGUCAGAAUCACGGAUUUGCAGUCGAUCCAGAGACGCUGCCUUCGGGCUGGGACGUCCUGUUCACCAACGCCAACGACCACAGCAACGAGGGCAUCGUGCACCAGACCCUGCCACUGUUCAGUGUGCAGUUCCACCCGGAGCACAUGGCGGGCCCCACAGACCUGGUCUCUCUGUUCGACGUCUUCAUGGAAACUGUCCGUGAGCACAUAGAGGGACGCGUCUCAAAGACAGUGAAGCAGCGUCUGACGGAGCUGCUCACCUUCGCCGAGGCCCCUGACCCUAAGGAAGUGGUGCGGCCUCGGAAAGUCCUGAUCCUGGGCUCCGGGGGUCUGUCCAUCGGUCAGGCGGGAGAGUUCGACUACUCUGGGUCACAGGCGAUCAAAGCCCUGAAGGAGGAGAAGAUCCAGUCAGUGCUCAUCAACCCAAACAUUGCCACGGUCCAGACGUCUACAGGACUCGCCGAUAAAGUCUACUUUCUACCAAUCACUGCAGACUAUGUCACCCAGACCGGGACCGGGGGGAGAGAGACCGGGACCGGGGGGAGAGAGACCGAGACCGGGACCGGGGGGAGAGAGACCGAGACCGGGACCGGGGGGAGAGAGACCGAGACCGGGACCGGGGGGAGAGAGACCGAGACCGGGACCGGGGGGAGAGAGACCGAGACCGGGACCGGGGGGAGAGAGACCGAGACCGGGACCGGGGGGAGAGAGACCGAGACCGAGACCGGGGGGAGAGAGACCGAGACCGAGACCGGGGGGAGAGAGACCGAGACCGAGACCGGGGGGGAGAGAGACCGAGACCGGGGGAGAGAGACCGAGACCGGGGGGAGAGAGACCGGGACCGGGGGGAGAGAGACCGAGGCCGAGACCGGGGGGAGAGAGACCGGGACCGGGGGGAGAGAGACCGGGACCGGGGGGAGAGAGACCGAGACCGGGGGGAGAGAGACCGAGACCGAGACCGGGGGGAGAGAGACCGAGACCGAGACCGGGGGGAGAGAGACCGAGACCGAGACGGGGGAGAGAGACCGAGACCGGGACCGGGGGGAGAGAGACCGAGACCGGGACCGGGGGGAGAGAGACCGGGACCGGGGGGAGAGAGACCGGGACCGGGGGGAGAGGGACCGGGGGGAGAGAGACCGAGACCGGGACCGGGACCGGGGGGAGAGAGACCGAGACCGGGACCGGGGGGAGAGAGACCGAGACCGGGACCGGGGGGAGAGAGACCGAGACCGGGACCGGGGGGAGAGAGACCGAGACCGGGACCGGGGGGAGAGAGACCGAGACCGGGACCGGGGGGAGAGAGACCGAGACCGGGACCGGGGGGAGAGAGACCGAGACCGAGACCGGGACCGGGGGGAGAGAGACCGAGACCGAGACCGGGGGGAGAGAGACCGAGACCGAGACCGGGGGGAGAGAGACCGAGACCGAGACCGAGACCGGGGGGAGAGAGACCGAGACCGAGACCGAGACCGGGGGGAGAGAGACCGAGACCGAGACCGGGGGGAGAGAGACCGAGACCGAGACCGGGGGGAGAGAGACCGAGACCGAGACCGGGGGGAGAGAGACCAAGACCGGGACCGAGACCGGGACCGGGGGGAGAGAGACCGAGACCGGGACCGAGACCGGGACCGGGGGGAGAGAGACCGAGACCGGGAGGAGAGAGACCGAGACCGGGACCGGGGGGAGAGAGACCGAGACCGGGACCGGGGGGAGAGAGACCGAGACCGGGACCGGGGGGGGAGAGAGACCGAGACCGGGACCGGGGGGAGAGAGACCGAGACCGGGACCGGGGGGAGAGAGACAGAGACCGGGACCGGGGGGAGAGAGACAGAGACCGGGACCGGGAACGGGGGGAGAGAGACAGAGACCAGGGGGAGAGACCUGAUCAUCCUCCAGAUUACGGCGCUGAACUGUGGUGUGGAGCUGACCAAACGCGGCGUCCUGGAGCAGUACGGGGUCCGCGUGUUGGGAACCCCUGUGUCCUCCAUUGAGAUGACCGAGGACCGCAAGGUGUUUGUGGAGAAGAUGGAGGAGAUCAACGAGCAUGUGGCCCCCAGCGAAGCCGCCUUCUCCGUGGAGCAGGCGGUGGCGGCGGCGGAGCGGCUGGGGUACCCGGUGCUGGUUCGCUCGGCCUUCGCUCUCGGAGGUCUGGGCUCAGGAUUUGCCAACAGCAGAGAGGAGCUGGUGUCUCUGGUGACGGCGGCGUUCGCUCACACGUCUCAGGUUCUGGUUGACAAGAGUCUGAAAGGAUGGAAGGAGAUUGAGUACGAGGUGGUGAGGGACGCCUACGACAACUGCAUCACGGUGUGUAACAUGGAAAACAUGGACCCCCUGGGGAUCCACACUGGAGAGUCCAUCGUCGUUGCUCCCAGUCAGACGCUGAACGACCGCGAGUACAACAUGCUGCGCACCACCGCCCUCAAGGUCAUCAGGCACUUGGGCAUCGUGGGCGAGUGCAAUAUCCAGUAUGCCCUGAACCCCGAGAGCGAACAGUACUACAUCAUCGAGGUGAACGCCCGGCUCUCUCGCAGCUCGGCUCUGGCCUCUAAAGCCACUGGUUAUCCUCUGGCUUAUGUUGCUGCCAAACUGGGACUGGGGAUUCCUCUACCUCAGCUCAAGAACUCUGUGACAAACUCGACGACUGCGAACUUUGAGCCGAGUCUGGACUACUGUGUGGUGAAGGUUCCUCGCUGGGACCUCAGCAAGUUCCUAAGGGUCUCCACUCAGAUCGGCUCCUCCAUGAAGAGCGUGGGGGAGGUGAUGGCCAUCGGACGCAGUUUUGAGGAGGCCUUUCAGAAAGCUCUGCGGAUGGUGGACGAGAACUGUGUGGGCUUCGAUCACACCAUCAAACCAGCCUCAGAGAAGGAACUGCAGACGCCCACAGAUAAGCGUAUCUUUGUCCUGGCGGCUGCUCUCAGAGAAGGGUACUCUGUGGAGAAACUGUACGACCUGACCAAGAUCGACCGCUGGUUCCUGCACAAGAUGAAGAACAUCGUGGACCAUGAGAAACUACUGGAGACAUUCAAGCAGGAUGAGAGUGCGAUGCCUCCUCAGGUCAUGAGAAAAGCCAAACAGCUGGGAUUCUCCGACAAACAGAUCGCUCUGGCCGUUCAGAGCACGGAGCUGGCGGUGCGGCGUCUGCGUGGCCUCUGGUCUGUGCUGCCGGUGGUGAAGCAGAUUGACACGGUGGCGGCGGAAUGGCCGGCGCACACAAACUACCUCUACCUAACGUACCAUGGGUCUGAGAGUGACAUCACUUUCAGCUCGCAGCACGUCAUGGUCAUCGGCUCUGGCGUUUACCGCAUCGGCAGCAGCGUGGAGUUCGACUGGUGCGCCGUGGGCUGCAUCUCCGAGCUGCGCAAGAUGGGAUAUAAAACCAUCAUGGUGAACUAUAAUCCUGAGACCGUGAGCACAGACUACGACAUGUGCGACAGACUCUACUUUGACGAGAUUUCCUUCGAGGUGGUGAUGGACAUCUAUGAGCGGGAGAACCCUGAGGGGGUGGUCCUGUCGAUGGGGGGGCAGCUCCCGAACAACAUAGCGAUGUCCCUGCACAGACAGCAGUGUCGCAUCCUGGGAACGUCCCCUGAGUUCAUUGACAACGCAGAGAACCGCUUCAAGUUCUCACGCAUGCUGGACGCCAUCGGCAUCAGCCAACCACGGUGGAAGGAGCUGUCAGACACACAGUCUGCAGUGGGCUUCUGUGAGUCGGUGGGGUACCCCUGUCUGGUGAGACCCUCGUACGUUCUGAGUGGAGCAGCAAUGAACGUGGCGUACACGGACUCGGAUCUGGUCAAGUUCCUGUCGAGCGCCGUCGCUGUGUCCAAGGAGCAUCCAGUGGUCAUCUCAAAGUUCAUCCAGGAGGCCAAGGAGAUAGACGUGGAUGCCGUGGCUCUGGACGGAGUGGUGCUCGCCAUCGCGGUGUCAGAGCACGUGGAGAACGCUGGGGUCCACUCUGGAGACGCUACACUGGUCACACCACCUCAGGACUUGAACCAGAAGACCAUCGACCGCAUCAAGACCAUAGUCCACGCCAUCGGACUGGAGCUGCAGGUCACGGGGCCAUUCAACCUCCAGCUCAUCGCCAAGGACGACCAGCUGAAGGUGAUCGAGUGUAACGUCCGGGUCUCUCGUUCUUUCCCCUUCGUCUCCAAGACUCUGGGCGUGGACCUGGUUGCCCUGGCAACGCGGGCUAUCAUGGGGGAGGAGGUGGAGCCGGUGGGACUGAUGACAGGGAAGGGUGUGGUCGGGGUCAAGGUGCCACAGUUCUCCUUCUCACGCCUGGCCGGGGCAGACGUGGUACUGGGGGUGGAGAUGACCAGCACAGGGGAGGUGGCGUGUUUUGGAGAGAACAGGUACGAGGCGUACCUGAAGGCCAUGCUCUCCACAGGCUUCAAGAUCCCACAGAAGAACAUCCUGCUGUCCAUCGGCAGCUACAAGAACAAGAGUGAGCUGCUGCCCACAGUGCAAGCUCUAGAGUCUCUGGGAUACGAUCUUUAUGCCAGUGUUGGGACUGCUGACUUCUACACAGAGCACGGGGUCAAGGUGACAGCGGUGGACUGGCCCUUUGAGGAGGAGGAGGCCUGCAGGGACAAACAGCCCAGUAUUAUGGAUUACCUGGAGGAAAACCACUUCGACCUGGUCAUCAACCUGUCCAUGAGGAACAGCGGGGGGCGCCGCCUUUCCUCAUUCGUCACCAAAGGAUACCGUACCCGGCGCAUGGCGGUCGACUACUCUGUGCCCCUCAUCAUCGACAUCAAGUGCACCAAGCUCUUUGUACAGGCUCUGCACCGGAUUGGCCGCUGUCCUCCUGUGAAGACUCAUGUGGACAGUAUGACAUCACAGACUCUGGUCCGACUGCCAGGCCUCAUAGACGUCCAUGUUCACCUGCGUGAGCCUGGGGCUGUCCAUAAAGAGGACUUCUCCUCUGGGACAGCGGCAGCUCUGGCGGGAGGUAUCACGAUGGUCUGUGCAAUGCCCAACACGUCGCCCGCGGUUACGGACGCCAGCUCGCUUGGCCUGGUGCAAAAGUUGGCGAAGGCCGGCUGCCGCUGUGACUACGCCCUUUACCUGGGAGCGUCCUCGGAGAACGCAGCUGCGCUCGCUUCCAUCGCUCACCAGGCGGUGGCGCUCAAGAUGUACCUGAAUGACACCUACUCCACUCUGAAGAUGGACAAUGUGUCUCUGUGGAUGGAGCACUUUGAGAAGUGGCCAAAGUCGCUCCCGAUUGUGGCUCACGCAGAGAGACAGUCGGUUGCCGCCAUCCUGAUGGUGGCUCAGCUGUACCAGAGACCUGUUCAUAUAGCACACGUGGCCAGAAAAGAGGAGAUCCUCCUGAUUCGAGCAGCCAAACAGCGCGGGCUCCAGGUCACAUGUGAAGUUGCUCCUCAUCACUUGUUUCUCUGUGAUGAAGACAUUGUGGAGAUUGGACCUGGACGCGCUCAAGUUCGCCCCACUCUGGCAACGCGCGAGGACCAGGCGGCUCUAUGGGAGAACAUGGACAUCAUUGACUGUUUCGCCACCGACCACGCUCCUCACUCUGUAGAGGAGAAGAGCGCCUCCUCUCCUCCUCCCGGGUUUCCUGGUCUGGAGACGAUGCUCCCUCUGCUCCUCACAGCCGUCAGUGAAGGUCGUCUGAGUCUGGACGAUGUAAUCCAGAGACUGUACGAGAACCCGAGGAGGAUCUUCAACCUGCCGGCUCAGGACAACACCUAUGUGGAGGUGGACCUGGAGCAGGAAUGGCAGAUCCCGUCCUUCAUGCGCUUCACUAAAUCCAAAUGGACUCCGUUCUGUGGGAGGAGGGUGAAGGGGAAGGUGAUGAGGGUGGUGCUGAGAGGGGAGGUGGCUUACAUCGACGGACAGGUGCUGGUCGCCCCUGGUUACGGUGAGGAUGUAAAAACAUGGCCGGCGCAGCUGCCUGCAGAGUCAAAGGAGGCGCCCACGACCCCGGAGCCGCUGAGACCCACUCCUCCUCGGGACUUGAUCCGGACCAGAGCCCACAGUCCUCGACGCUCUGGAGAUCGAGGGUUUCUGCUUCCUCCCAGAAUCCACCGCUGCUCUGACCCCGGCCUGCCCCAAGAGCUGGCGUCGCUGCCCCCCUCUGGUGACCCCUACGCCCACCCCCCUCCUCUGUCCCGCCUCCUCUCCCCUCAGGCCCUGCCCCCUGCAGUACCUGUGUCUCACCUUCAGGUGUCUCCACUGCUACAUCCUCUGGUGGGACAACACAUCCUGUCAGUGAAGCAGUUCACCAAGGAACAGAUGUCUCACUUGUUCAACGUGGCUCACUCUCUGCGUCUCAUGGUGCAAAAGGAGCGCAACCUGGACAUCCUCAAGGGUCGUGUGAUGGCCUCCAUGUUCUACGAGGUGAGCACUCGCACCAGCAGCUCCUUCGCCUCCGCCAUGUUCCGUUUGGGAGGUGCAGUGGUGCAGUUCACUGAGACCACCUCCUCCUCACAGAAGGGAGAGUCUCUGAGCGACUCUGUGCAGACCAUGAGCGGCUACGCUGAUGUGCUGGUGCUGAGGCAUCCCACACCUGGUGCCGUGGAGUCUGCGUCUCGUUUGUGUCGGAAGCCUGUGAUAAAUGCAGGAGAUGGAGUUGGAGAACAUCCGACUCAGGCUCUGCUCGACGUCUUCACCAUCAGAGAGGAGCUGGGGACGGUCAACGGCAUGACGAUCACGAUGGUGGGGGACCUGAAACACGGUCGCACAGUCCACUCUUUGGCCAAACUGCUGACUCAGUACAGGAUCACACUGAGGUAUGUGGCCCCCAAGAACCUGCACAUGCCCCCAGAGAUCUGCAGCUACGUGGCCUCCAGAGGCAUCAAGCAGGAGGAGUUUGAGAGCAUCGAGGAGGCGCUGCCCGACACAGACGUCCUGUACAUGACCCGCAUCCAAAAGGAGCGCUUCUCCUCCGAGGAGGAGUACCAAGCGUGUUUUGGUCAGUUCAUCCUCAGUCCUCACAUUAUGACUGGAGCCAAGAAGAAGAUGGUGGUGAUGCAUCCUCUGCCGCGCGUCAACGAGAUUAGUGCGGAGGUGGACUCAGACCCUCGCGCCGCAUACUUCCGACAGGCGGAGAACGGAAUGUACAUCCGCAUGGCUCUGCUCGCCACCGUGCUGGGGAGAUAG